CCUCUCUCUCUCUCACACACACACACACACACACACUCCUAAAUUCUAAACUCAACUCAUGUUCACACACGGUCUAGCUGCACUGGUGGACUGUUAGACUUUUGGAAGCUUCAUACAGCGGAUAUCUUUAUUCAGAAUCUGAUGGUUUAUUAAAAGAGGAUCCAAAGUGUGUGAUGGGAGCUGAGUAACAGGACGUGUGAUGAGGGGCAUGUGUGUGUAAAACAGAGGGACAAAAUAAGACAGAAUGAAUCCUGUGAGGAAGGACAUGGAGCUGCUGAGCAACAGCAUGGCCACCUAUGCUCAUAUUAAAGACAACACGGAGAGCUUCGCACUGUACUUCAUGCUGGGCGUCUGUUUCGGUCUCCUCCUGGCCCUGACGCUCCUCAUCCUGGGCUUCGCCUGCAGACCUAGAAGAACCGCAGUGAAGAAGCAUCCUACCCCUGACCAAAAAAGUUUUAAAGAGUCCAUCCAGCAAGACGAGGAGGAACGACUGGACAAGAGCGAAGAAGAAGCGGAGGAAGAGGUGCCUGAUGUCACCGUAGCAACCGUGAACGAGCAGAGCCAAUCCAACGGGACCAUCGGGAGCGUCAACGUCUUCUCCUCGGCGGACGAGCUGGAGCGAGCUCGCCGCUUGGAAGAACGAGAACGCAUCGUCAGAGAAAUCUGGAGAAACGGACAGCCGGAUAUCCUGGUCACGGGGACCGGUACGCUCGGACGCGUGCACUAUCACUAGUUAAGACGUGAUGUAGGAAGGAUACAGAUCAUUUGUUAGGACAUACUGUAUACAGCGAGUAUUUUGCACUUCACUGGGACUAACACACAAUGCUAAAAGUCUCAGAUAUGUAUUUUGUACACGUUUAACAAUAAACUUUUUAUACGACAUCUUUUUUAACUUGUCUGUAUAUAUUUAGUGAUUUUAUAACGUCUCGGCGGAGUUUAAAAAUAAAACUAGUGUUUGUUUUUUUUUUUUUUGGGGGGGGGGGGGGGGGGGAUUUCGGCCGGGUCAGCAUCAUGUGCUGUUCAGUCCCACGCUAAAGCAGAACCUUCACCCCUCGUUUCUCAGCCCAUGCACUUCCUGCCGCUGCUCUCCCACCAUGUAACAGAAACAACUCUACUCCCUAAGGGAGAGUAAAUGAUUUCAGAUGUCAGAAAGCAUUUGCUGUAAAGUUCCACCACAGCUUAUUGUUGUUGUUUUUUUUUUUUGCAUGGACAGUAUUUCUGAUUGAAGUUAUUCCGAUUAGAAAUCUGUUUACCUGAUGAGAUGCGAUGUGAUCUAAAAGGAUUUCAUCAGAAACAAGUUUUUUUUUUGCCAGCUGAGAUAUUUAAUCUGUUUGAAAUAUAGUAGAAGAAGGUUUUUUUUCUCUCCAACUGUAAUGUUAGGUUAGACUUCCCAUCAGUUUUAAAUAAGUCCCGCCUUCUGCGUGUCAAUGGCAACAAUAAUUCAGUCUCAUCUGUGAUUGGUUGGAUGCUUUACUACGUACAUCUGAAAUGGGGAGUCAAUCAGAGCUCCCUUCUCAGCCAGACACAGUGGAUGAAACCAAACACAGUGAUGUGACUGAUCAGAAAUGGAGGCACGAUUACCUUUUUAGAAACUUAUAAGGGCAACUAAUAUUACCAAACCAACACACAAAGGUAUUUAUAAAAAUAUUUAUUCCAUCAAAAGAGAAAUGAUCCAACCAAGUGUUGAGGUUUGCAAGCAUUCCUCUCUCAUCUUCUAUACCGCUUUAUCCUGUAUUCAGGGUCGCGGGGACCUGGAGCCUAUCCCAGGAGACUUGGGGCACGAGGUAGGGUACACCCUGGACAGGGUGCCAAUCCAUCGCAGGGCACACACACUAUGGGCAAUUUGGGAACACCAAUUAGCCUAACCUGCGUAUUGACUGUGGGAGGAAACCGGAUUACCCGGAGGAAACCCACCAAGCACAGGCAGAACAUGCGAACUCCAUGCACACAGAGACGGGAAUCGAACCCGGACCCUGGAGGUGCAAGGCAACAGUGCUAACCACUACACCACUGUGCUGCCGGUCCAUCCCUCUCUUUCCAAUUAAAAAUGAAUUCUGAGACAAAGCGUUACCAUGAAGGUGUUUUUGUAUUUCCAUGAUGCAUUUGUAUUCCAACUGAUAUAUUAUUUCCAAUAUUACUGGAACAUUAGCAUUUAAAUUAUCCAUUUAUUCAUUAAUCAAUCACAUCUGUGUUUCAUCCUGGUCAAGAUCUGUCACAGGGUCAAAAAACAGACACUUCAGGACAAUUUUGACUCUUUUUGUGAUGUAGGAGGAAACUUGAGACUCACAUGGACACAAGGAGAAGGUGGGGAAAUUCCAGAGUGUAACAAAACUCAAAAGUUUGGGGUCAAUUUCUAACUCCAUGGUCGUUCCUGAUUUUUCUUUCUUUCUACAUUGUAAAAAUGCUAAAUGUGUCCAAAAAAUAUAGAAUAGUCUCCAUUGAACAGUUGAUCUUGAGAUGUAUCUGCUACUUUUGCUUUGUAAAGCUUCAUAACGGCUCUAAUCUGAGCUGCUGGUUGUUAAUUGGUGAUUUCUGAGACUGGUGACUCUAAAUGAACUUCUCUGCAGCAGAGGUCAGUUUUGGUCUUGCUUUCCUGUGAAGGUCUUCAUGAGAGAGUUUCUUUAUGGAGCUUGAUGGGUUUUGCAAACGAACUUACAGUUCUUGCAAGAACUGUUCCAGAAAGAUUGACCUCUGUGUCUUAUAAAAAUAACUGUUGUUUCAUAGAUACUCUUAUCUACCGUUCUUUCAUUAGUUUUUAAAUCUUUAUUUUAUUGUUGUAGAUUGUAGAAAAUGAAUCACUCAACAAAAACUUGCCAGUGUUCCCAAACUUUUGAGUGGUAGUGUACCAUAAACACUUCAUAAAGUGAAGCAUAUAAACUCAGAAUUCUUAACAUUAAGUUUACAAAUGUUAAAGUUUUUACUUGUUUAAGGAAUUUUUUUACCCCUUUUUAAUAAUAGGUAAUGUUUUAUUAAAUUCAGUUAACAAUUAGAAUUCAAAUACACUGUUUAUGGAAAAUUCUUGUGUUUAUUAGUUUAUGCAGCUAGAGAAAAUAAAAAACAGCAAAAAAAAAAA